UAGAGUACACCGAAGCGUCAUCUUCAACUUAAUUUAGUGGUAUUUCAUAGUAUUUUUGCGACUUGGCCACUCAGUCAAACGGGGUGUUAUUUUUGCGAGCUAAUGUGCGUAUUUACAUGUCGUUGGAGGCGGUUGUUGCUGCGUGGCAGGCUGGCUGCGAGAGUCUCCUAACUGGCCGUUUGGCCCCGCAGCUUGUCGAUGCUGAAGAAAAUAGAACCAGUUGCCAACCAAGCGGUCGGCACCCAACAUUCUUAUUUCGCGUUGCUGAUUAUUCGUUGAGGAUUCACAUUUGAAGAUUCAUUUACGGAGUCUUGGCUUUUGCAACCACUUGGACUUUAGCUUUGACUUGAUCGUACGUUAAUGUUAAAAUUGUUGGCCGUAGACUUGGGUGGCUAACACCAAGUAGCUAUAUAAGCCGAACUCGUGCGACGACAGCUGUCAUUGGAGAAAGGAAAGUGAUCCCCCCAAAUGCGUGUGCCAUUGAAGCGGGUUUCUGUUGGAUUUACAUCAUCUGCAUUUCCAUCAAAUGGGCAAGAUAUGGAAUAACAUCACGACGUUGGAAUACAAUGAUAUGCAUGAUGCAAUUUUGAGAAUUGCGGUGUUGCUUCAUUGGAGAGAGGCUAGCUAGCUCCAUUAGCUUGCUAGCUAGCUGGGUGAUAAAAGUGCGACGUUUCAUCCUCCAGUUUUUUGGACAUGAAGAGGAUAAUUCGCUAUUCAUAGGGCUGGAAGAUCAUCCAUCCAUUAUCUAUACGGCUUAUCCUGUGUGGGGUCGUUGGGGGGCUGGAACUGAUCCUAGCUGUCGCUGGGCAAGAGGGAUAACAGCUCAGCUACCAGCAUCACUGUCUAAACCAGAUUUGUGUAGUGAAAGUUAAACCUUGAAUCAUGGAGAAGUUAAGCCUAUAUGAUCAACAAAACACCUGCUGGGCGCCAUCAUUUCCUGCUACACACUGAAAGUUUUACUGCACUGCCUUGUUUAGAAGACUGUUAACGUGUGCAGAAUGGCAUCAGAGGAUAAGACUGUGGAACCCUCUGACCAGGGACCCUCACCGCCCUCCAGCAGUGUAGGGUCCACCUCCACAGGAAGUCCUGCCCACGUAGACAAGCGACCACGUGGCAGGCCGCGUAAGGAUGCUGUUGCCAUCCUACCCCAGGCACCACCCUCAUCCACGCCCAAGAACAGAAAGAAGGGUCGCACCAGAGGGAGGGCUGCUGUGGAUGAGGAGGACAGCAUGGAUGGGACUGAGAUAAUAGAGUCCACUGGCCCUCAGGUCACAGAAACAACAAUCCAGCCAGUGGAAACGGAGGAAUUAGUGACCACUGAGGUGCCAGAGGAGAACAAGCCCUCUUCCCCUCUGACCCAGAGCCCUCCAGCCGAGAGUUCAGCAGGACCAUCUGUCCCGACGAGUAGAGAAGUCAAAAUCAGCGAGCGUCCCUGUGCCUUCUGUUACUGCGGUGGCCGUAGCCUGCUGGGUCAGGGUGAGCUGCGAGCAUUCAGCACCACGCCUCAGCUUGAAACGCUUCUCAGCCAAAGGGCCGGAGGAGGCUCACAGAGUGAUAGCAGUGAUGGCGAUAAAACCACUCAGCCAAAAACGGCAGGAGAGACCACCUCAGGACAGAGGGACAAGACCAGUGGGUCUGAAGGCAGCGAGGAAAACCCAGACCCAGCCAGUCGAUUUUGGGAUGAGCUCUCUCAUGUCGGCCUUCCAGAAGAUCUUAAUGUCCAGUCUCUCUUUGAGUCAGGGCAAUACUGGGCACAUCAGAGUUGUGCCUUGUGGUCCGAAGGUGUUUGUGAGGGCGAGGGACAAUCUCUGCUUAAUGUGGACAGAGCCAUUGACUCAGGGAGCACAAAGCACUGUGCAUACUGUAAGCGCCUUGGAGCAUCCAUUAAGUGCUGUGCUGAAGGAUGUGCUCAACUCUACCAUUACCCCUGUGCGGGGGCAGCUGGGACCUUUCAGGACAUCAGGAGUCUGUCGCUCCUUUGCCCAGAACACACUGAAUUGGCCAUUCACAAAUUUGUAGAUGAUGUAAAUUGCGCGCUCUGUGAUAGCCCAGGGGACCUACUGGACCAGCUCUUCUGCACCAGUUGCGGUCAGCAUUACCACGGGAUAUGCCUGGACAUGGCCGUGACCCCUCUGAGGAGAGCAGGAUGGCAGUGCCCGGAGUGUAAAAUCUGCCAGACAUGCAAGAACCCAGGAGAGGACACUAAAAUGCUGGUGUGUGACAUGUGUGACAAAGGCUACCACACCUUCUGUCUGCAACCUGCUAUUGAUUCUCUGCCCACCAAUGGCUGGAGAUGUAAGAACUGCAGAGUGUGCAUCCAGUGUGGAACAAGAACCAGUAGACAGUGGCACCACACCAGCCUGCUGUGUGAGAAUUGCGUUCAAAAUCAGGACCCCACUCUGUGCUGUCCUACGUGUGCCAGCAUCCUGGACCCUGAGCAUCACAAAGACUUGCUUUUCUGCCACACUUGUAAAAGAUGGCUUCACCUGGAGUGUGAGCGUCAGAACUCAGGCCAAGCAGAAAUCCACCCCAGAGAGGACUAUGUUUGCUCCAACUGCAGGUCUCCUGCUGCAGAGCAGCCGCUACAGGCAGAGGAUAUGGACACGGGCCCAGAACUCAGCCCUCAGCCAGCCUCCAUGCACACAGACUCUGAGACUGGCCUACAGCUGGCUAAAAAGCACACGGACCUAGAACCUGGCACUCAGCUGCCUCCUGAAAUGCACAAGGACCCCAAACCGGAAUUACUCGCUGUUCCAUUGCACUCAGAUCUACAGCCUGUUCAGGCUACCGUCCAGGAGGAGAAGCUGGCCACGUCAGCCCAAAAGCCUGAAGUCUCAGUAGAAGCCGGCGUUGGUGAAAGGAAGGUUACUGAAUCAUCUGUUAGCAAAAUUGUAACAGAAUUCAAACCAGAAACUAAACCAGCAGCUCAAGUCCAGCCUACAGAGAGUCCUGCAUCUUUGGGGAUUCCUAGUCAGGAGUCAGAGUCUCUUCCAGCCCCGCUUCCUAUGGAGACACAGACACAGGAUACCACAUUACAAAUGAAGCCAGCAAAGACAGAGGCCUGCCCCGAGCAGGGCAUGGUCAACCCCAGCACAAAGGAUUUAAAGGCCAUCAUCUCAACCACCAAAGAACCAAGUACUGCAUCAGUACCUUUCACGGACCAACCAAUGGAGGUCUCACUAGCCCAGCCUUUGAGUAUGGAUGUAGUCAGGGCUUCGUUCCUGGAAACUGCUCCAAAAGAGCCUAUCAAGGAGAGAAGUGAGGGUAUUUUUCACAGGAACCUGGCAGAGACUGUUAAGCCCUCAGCCUCUCGUACAUCAGAGGACAUGUACACUACACUGGAGUGCAAGCCUAAUGUGUCACUUUCCAGGCUGGCUUCAGAGGAGAAACCAAUGAAGACAUGUGUGGAGAGGUUGGCAGAAAUGGUUUCCUCUCCAUGCCACUCUUCUCCCCUGGCCCGAGGGGCUUCACCAAGAGAACCAUCACAAAUACAAAUCCUACCUUCACUGGGGGAGCACAGCAGUCUGAUACCCACCACCACGCUUAUACCACUCACCCCGAAGAUUGGAAUGGGAAAGCCAGCCAUCAGCAAGAAUAAGUUUUCACCUGGGAGGCCACGAGUCAAACAGGGUGCAUGGAGUCCCCAUAGCAGUGUGAGCUCCCCCUUGUCCUGGUCUCCAGACCAGCCAGAGGGGUGGGACGUCCCAAAGACCAGGCAGUCCUCUGGCAGCCCCGGCUGGAGCAUCAGAGUGGGUCGAGGCUCUGGCUUCCCUGGAAGGAGGCGGCCCAGAGGUGCUGGUCUGUCAGGUAGAGCUGGACGCGGCAGGGCCAGAGGCAAGAAUGGAGCAUGUCCUAUCAUCAACCCCGGGAUCACCCUCAUAGAAACGCCAUACCCAAUUAAGGAGGAAGAGGAGAACGCCAUGCACAACACAGUGGUCAUAUUUUCCAGCAAUGACAGUUUCACACUAAAACAGGACAUGUGCGUGGUGUGUGGGAGUUUUGGCCUGGGUGCUGAGGGACGUCUUUUGGCUUGUGCUCAGUGCGGCCAGUGUUAUCAUCCGUUCUGUGUUGGAAUAAAGAUCACAAAGGUGGUGUUGAGUAAAGGCUGGCGCUGUCUGGAGUGCACAGUGUGUGAGGCCUGCGGCCAGGCCACAGAUCCUGGUCGCUUGCUGCUGUGUGACGACUGCGACAUCAGCUAUCACACCUACUGCCUGGAUCCUCCGCUGCAGAAUGUGCCCAAGGACAGCUGGAAGUGCAAAUGGUGUGUGUCCUGUACUCAGUGUGGCGCCACUACCCCAGGCCUAAGGUGUGAGUGGCAGAAUAAUUACACCCAGUGUGCCCCCUGUGCCAGCCUUACAACAUGCCCCAUCUGCCUGGUGGACUACUGCGAAGGCAACACGAUUCUGCAGUGCCGCCAAUGUGACAGAUGGUUCCAUGCGUCUUGUCAAGGCCUGCAUUCAGAGGAAGAUGUAGAAAAAGCUGCAGAAAGCAGCUUCGACUGCACAAUGUGUCGAGCUUUCAAGACCACUAAAGUUAUGACCAAGGCCAGAGACACCAUUGAGCCUGUAGUUAUGACGCAGAUUUUCACAAAGACUAGAGAAAUAGAUCUGUCGAGGACUUACACCCAGGAUGGAGUUUGCCUGACAGAGUCAGGACUUUGCCAGCUGCAGAGCUUGUCCGCCACUGCGUCACGGCGCAGGAAACCAAAACCCAAGCUGAAGUUGAAGAUCAUAAACCAGAACAGUGUGGCUGUGCUUCAGGCUCCCGUAGACCCUCUCUCAGAGCUCUCUCGUGAUGAAGACAUGGAGGACAACAGAGAGGCGGAGCUCCUUGAUUGUGAGGCGAAGUCUGACUCGAGCCUGGAGCGAGAGCCAGCAGAAGACGACUCCAAGGGGGCCGACGGCGGCAAGAAGAGGAAGAGGAAACCGUACCGGCCGGGAAUUGGUGGGUUUAUGGUACGUCAGCGGAGCCGGCCAGGUCAAGGUCCAGGAAAGGCCAAAAGAUCCCUCUGUCGGAAAGAUUCCACUGGCUCUGUGUCAGAGAUCCCCAUCGGAAAAGAUGAGGGGUGGUCGGAGACUUUGCCAGAUACCCCUGUGGAGGAAACACCACCUGGACCAGAGGUACCAGAAAAAAUCAAGAAACGUUACAGAAAGAAGAAAACAAAACUGGAGGAAGCUUUUCCCACCUAUCUGCAGGAGGCUUUCUUUGGAAAGGACCUGCUGGACAAAAGCAAGCAGAGCAGGCAGAAGGGGGUCGAAUCAGGUUUACUGGAGGAAGGGCAUGGCCAAGUGGAGAGAAGAAAUCCCACCUCUAGCUUCCUAGACCCUUCAUCAGAUCCUCUGCUCAGUGCUUCGGCAUCAACACUUCCCACCAGACCAACACCAGCACAGACGUCUGAGGAACCAUUAGUUGAUCUAUCUGAUGUUCUGAACACUGAUGCAGACAUCUUGGGAAUGCUGGGAAAGCCAAGCAGUGACUCUGGUCUUGAUUUUUGCCCCUUCCAGGUUGACAGCUCACCUCCUCCUUUUGCUGGUCUGGACAUCGGGCCCCUGACAGGCGGUUCCCCAGUGGUUCCCCAGUCCCAGGCUGGCCGGAGGACACCUCGAACCCUCCCAGAGGAGCCCCUGGACGGCAUUCUCAGCCCAGAGCUGGACAAGAUGGUCACUGAUGAAUCAAUUCUCAGCAAACUUUACAAAAUUCCAGAGCUGGAGGGCAAAGAUGUAGAGGACCUCUUCACUGCGGUCCUGAGCCCCAGCACAAGCCAACCACCUCCCCCACCACAGGUGCCUCACCCCCAGGGUCCAGGGCCACUCCCUGCCACAGCAGGCACAAGUAUGCCUCACCCUAACACAGGGAAUCCCAUGUUUCCAAGGAUGCCAAUGAUCAAUGGUAUGAUGGGACCAAACCAACGCUUCCCUACAAACCCAGGAGCAGGUCCCUGCAUCCCAGAAAAUUUCUCCCCUCUUAACCGUAUGCCUUUCACUGACAAUCCAAGAGAUAGAAAGUUUAAUCAGAUGCCUAGAGAGGCAGUUGGUCCGUGGCCCUCCUCUGCCCAUGGCCCUGGCCCUGCACCCCCUGGAUCUCUGCCUGAGGGGGAGACUGAAGCCAUGUCAAAUGCCCAAAGGAGUACACUCAAGUGGGAGAAAGAGGAGACACUAGGAGAGCUGGCCACUGUUGCACCUGUCCUGUAUACCAAUGUCAAUUUUCCUAAUCUCAAAGAAGAAUACCCAGACUGGUCUACAAGGGUAAAGCAAAUUGCAAAACUUUGGAGGAAAGCCAGUUCGCAAGACAGGGCCCCUUAUGUGCAAAAGGCAAGAGAUAACCGAGCAGCCCUGCGCAUCAACAAAGUCCAGAUGUCCAAUGAGACGGUGAAGAGGCACCAUCCACAGCAACAUCCCCCAGAGGUGUUUGAUCCCAACAUACCACUAGACACAGAACUGCUGUUUAAAGACCCUUUGAAACCAAAAGAGUCAGAGCAUGAACAAGAGUGGAAGUUUAGACAGCAAAUGAGGCAGAAGAGCAAACAGCAAGCCAAAAUCGAAGCUACUCAGAAACUGGAACAAGUAAAGAACGAGCAACUUCAGCAACAGCAGCAACAGAGAAACAGCCAGUCAGACGGAGAUGGCAACAACAGUGGCAACCAGAGCCCAGCAUCCCAGCCCAGCAAUGGCAGCAUGUCCCCAAUGCAGCAAAGCAGUUCCAAAGAGGCCUUUGCAAGGCCACAGCUCCCAGGGACACCCACUUCAUGUCCUUCAGAGGAUGUGUUCCUACGACCCCCUCCUCCCCCUCCAUCAGCCCCAUCCUCACAACCACAGUCCCCACAGGUUUUCUCACCAGGUUCCUCUGGUUCCAGACCAUCUUCUCCAUGGGACCCAUAUGCUAAAAUGGUUGGGACUCCGAGACCACCAAGCCUUGGGCCAAAUAUGUGUCGCAGAAUGCCCACGGAAUCUGGUAAAUCCCCCACCUCCUUAAUGGAGCAACAGGACAGAGGGCGGCCCUCUCCAGCUCAUGAAGCUUUUGGCUCCCCACCAUCCUUGAGCAAUGAUCCGUACGCCAAACCUCCCGACACACCAAGACCAAGUGGCGAUAUGGACCCUUUCCUUAAGCCCAUAGGACCCCCAAGGGUCAGUCAGGCCGCUCAAGGAAGGCCCCCAAUGGGUUCUCCUGGACGAGAUCCAUACUCAAGGCCCAUGAUAAGAAACGAGGCCUACCAACGCAUGGCCCAGAACAGGAUGAUCUUGUCUGACCCUUAUUCAAGGCCUUUACUGGCUCCAAUCCCAGGAAGCAAUGAGUCUGGCUCUGUCCCUUUGUUCAAAACACCCAUGCCUCCUUCUCAGGCUCAGGAUCCCUUCAACCGACCAGGUCCACAUCAGUCUGACAGGUUCUCCCAGAAUCACCAAAAUGACCCCUACGCUCAACCUCCCCAUACCCCGAGACCAUCAGGGAAUGACAACUUCACCAGUCCUCCAAGGAUGGGUCAGCAUCACCCUCAGGGUCACUCAUUCGCUCAGCCUGGACCGAUGAACCAAAUGUCGAGAAAUCCAUAUGCUCAUGCACCUUCUACACCAAGGCCUGACCACUUCACCUACGAUCCUUUUGCACAGCCUUCUGGUCCCAGCAAACCAGCUGGUGACCCCUUCUCUCAGUCAGCAGGCAACCAGCGAUCCAUCAGUGAACCUGGCAAUCAGCCUCGCCCAUUUUUUGAGCCCUACGCACGACCUCCAGGGACUCCACGUCCUCAUGACAACUAUGGCCAGCCUUCAAACACACCCAGCCCAUCCUCAGACCCAUACUCACAGCCACCUUCGACUCCUCGCCCCAGUGGUAUGAACCAGUUUGGUCACCAAACGCAUCCUGGACAGAGGAUGUCACCUUCUCACUCAGUGGACCCUUAUGCCCAACCACCAGGGACUCCAAGGCCCUCUGCAGGAGAGAGGUUCUCCAAGUCACCAGGCAGCCAGAGAGAGCCAUUUACAAGUACACCUGGAACAUCUAGACCUGGAGCUGGUGACAUGUUUUCCCAGCCUGGAGCCCCCAGACCAGUGCUCAGUGACCCCUACGCCCAACCUCCAGGGACCCCACGACCAGGUCCUGAUGGGCCCAGCAGACAAGGGCAAAGGCUUGGACCAAUGGGAGGCCAGGAUCCUUUCUCCCCGCCUCAAAGCAGGCUUCAGGAGAACUUCCCUCAUCCAGGCUCCCAAACGCCAAAACACUCAGGUGUGUCAGAGGAGGGAUUCACUCAGUCACCCUCCAGGAGACCCAGUCAGACACCCAGCCAUGACCCAUUUGAACAAGCCCCUAUGACCCCACGUCCACAAUCAACUGAGAAAAUGGAAAUGAAAGAUCAACCAGGUGUUGGGAACAAUGGGAUUGUCCCACAAGAUCCCCAAAUGCCUGGUGCUUCUGCUGACACUCAGGGUGUUCCUCUUGCUGAGAGUGAGGAGAGACUCAGACAGCGACAACGAAUCAGAGAACUAAUCCUCAAACAGCAGCAGCAGAGGAGUGCCAUUCGACAGGAGAGGGGCCCUCAGGACUCUAUUGGCAACAUCCCUCCAGGAACACCACGACCCUGGCCUCAAGAGGCCCCAGGCCAACCAGGGGAAGUGUUCAACCGACCUCCUCCACCUUACCCAGGACAAGGACCCAUGAGAGGGCCAAUGAGGUUUCCUGGACCCUUUCCAGGAGAUCAGCGUGUCCCUUUCCCUAAUGAAGGACAAAUCCCCCGGGGCCCACAUCCUGGAGACCCUAAUUUGAGACAUCAGGGGCCAAGGUUUGCAUUUCCACCUGGGGUUUUAGGACCUCAUGGGGCUCAGGAGUUCUUUCCCCGUGGACAGCACCCAAUGCAGGAUGUUCCUCCUCAAAUGAGACGAUCUAUGUCAGCUGAAAUGGCAAAGACUAUGGGAGGAAACCCAAUGGGUAUGCCACAGCACUUCCCACCACGUGGUAUGCCAGUGCAGCAACACAACAUCAUGGGCCAGCCUUUCAUUGAGCUACGACACCGAGCUGCAGAAAACAGGCCACGUAUGCCAUUUCCCCCAGGGGCUAUGCAAGGAGGCAACAUGGAUCCCAACUUACAGGGCCAAAGGCCUCCAGGCUUUGCAGGAGAUUCCAGGUUCUCAAUAAAUCAGGGGCUCAGGAUGGUUGACCCCAUGACUGGCCAAACUGGGCAUGUGCAACUAUCCUCCAGCAUGGACAAUCUUCAUCAGCAAGCCCAAAUGUCAGGAAACAGCUCACUCAAACAGUCUCCUUUGAUGAGAUCCAUGAGCCAGCCUGCAUCCAGUGACACCCAGAACAUGGCAGCAUCUAUGAUCUUGAAUGCACCCCCAGGUGGGCAGACUGAGGCGGUCUCAGGGGCUAGCAAUGAAGCUGUAGAGGAAAAACUGGAUGCAGAAGAGUCAGCGGUCAAAGAUCUAGAAGAUGUUGAGGUGAAAGACUUGGUGGAUGCAGACUUAGAGAACCUAAAUUUGGAUCCUGAAGAUGGCAAAGACUUGGAUCUAGAGACAAAUGACCUUCAUCUGGAUGACUUCUUAACAUCAGGGAAAUUUGACAUCAUUGCCUACACAGACCCUGACCUAGAUGACAUCAAGAAAGACAUGUUUAAUGAGGAGCUGGAUCUCAGUGAUCCAAUAGAUGAUCAUAAUGACACCGCAGACAUCAGCAAAAAUUCAACCACAGAAACUGAGGCUUCAUCAAGUUCAGCAUCUGAACUGGCAAAGCCAGAGACCACAAGUGAGCAGUCUUCAGCUGAAAUCAAGCUGGAAGCCUGUGGGAGUCAGGACUCUGCCUCUGUAACACAGGGGAAGGAAAUAAAAUCAGAGGUCAGGGACUGUCAGAAGCCCCCUGGGGUUGUCGACCAGCAAGACGAUGGAAACACCUUAACCUCAAACCAGCAGGGAGCGCUGCCAGACUCCACCCCUGUUCUGUCAAGUUUACUCAUUAAGCAGCAGCCUGAGGAGCAGUCAUUAAACCCAAUCAUCGAAGCUGUCAAUCCAGGAGGUAACCUCAUGCCCCAGCAGAACCAAGUCGCCGACACGCAGCAUACUUCCGGACUCACAAUGACUCAAACGAUAUCUGACGCCACCGCUGCAGGAGAAGCCUCGAUGACUGGCUUUGGGGCUGACCACCAGGUGGGACUCGCCUCUGGAGUGGACCAGAACAGUCUGAACCAGGCCCAGCAGACAGCAAUGAACCAGGCGAUGGGCCAGCACAGCCAACAACACCGUCCUCUACUGCUAGAGGAGCAGCCACUCCUACUGCAGGACCUACUGGACCAGGAAAGGCAGGAGCAACAGCAGCAGAGGCAGAUGCAAGCCAUGAUACGACAGCGCUCCAGUGACUCCUUCUUCCCUAAUAUUGAUUUCGAUGCCAUCACUGACCCCAUUAUGAAAGCCAAGAUGGUUGCCCUGAAAGGCAUCAAUAAAGUCAUGGUGCAGAACAACAUGGGAAUGAGUCCAAUGGUCAUGAGCAGAUUACCCUCUGGUCCUGUACCACCUUGUCCUGAAAGCACGCCACUUCCACCACAAGUUGUUGGACAGGAUGGAAAACUGACACAAGUUGCAAGGCCGAAUCCACCAAACUUUGGACCUGGAUUUGUCAACAAUGCUCAGAGGGCUCAGUAUGAGGAGUGGCUCCAAGAGACUCAGCAACUACUUCAAAUGCAGCAGAAGUUUCUGGAAGAGAAGAUCGGAGCUCACAGGAAGUCUAAGAAAGCCCUGUCUGCCAAACAGAGAACAGCGAAGAAGGCGGGGAGAGAGUUCCCUGAGGAGGACGCCGAGCAGCUCAAACAUGUCACAGAGCAGCAGGGUGUAGUGCAGAAACAACUGGAGCAGAUCCGCAAGCAGCAGAAGGAGCACGCUGAGCUUAUAGAGGAGUACCGAGUCAAACAACAGCAAAACAAUAUAACACCCAUGAUGCCUGGGAUGCACCCAAUGACGGGUCCUGCUGGUAUGGUUCCCACUGGACCACCAAUGGGUCCUGGUGGACCACCAAUGGGUCCUGGUGGACCACCAAUGGGUCCUGGCGGACCACCAGUAGGCCCUAGUGGACCACCAAUGGGCCAACCUCCUAUGAACCCUAUGAUGCAGAUGCCUCUUCAUCCCGGCCAGCCAAAUGCACCCCAGUGUUUGCCUAACCCACCACCUGGCUGGCACCCUGGUGCUCCCAUGCCCAUGGGCGGACCAGGACUUCCUCCUAUUAUGCCCCCGCAGGUGCCUAUAGCAAAUCCAGGCCAGAUGCAGAUGGGUAACAUACCUCAACAUCCGCCAAUGCCUGUGGAUCCCCAAGCACCAGCAGCUCCAUCAGGUGGUGUGAAACCAAUGCAAGGAGGGGGGGUAAAGUUUGACGACAACAACCCAUUCAGUGAAGGCUUCCAGGAGCGGGAGAGGAGGGAGCGGCUUCGCGAGCAGCAGGAGAGACAGAGGGUGCAGCUGAUGCAGGAAGUUGAACGGCAGAGAGCCUUGAAACAUCGUAUGGAAAUGGAGCAGCAAGGAAUGAUGGGCCAAGAUGGGGGUAUAGCACCUCUUGCUCAGAUGCCGUUUUUUAACUCAGAGCUGCCACAGGACUUCAUGCAACCUCAGAGGCCUCCAAUACAACAACAACAACUUGGACCGAUGUUCCCCCAGCAGGGCAUGCAGCCCGGUAUGGGCUCUCCACCUGGGGCCUUUAUGCAGGGAGACAGGAGGGCUAUGAUGGGGAAUGGAAUGAUGUCCCGUGACAUGGGCCAAGGUUUUGGGCCUGAUAAUCUUGCUCUACAGGUACCAAAUUUUCCCCAGGGUCAGCCCAGGCCUCGUCAGUUCAGUGGUCCUGGUAUGACACUUCAGAUGCCGGGUGAGGGUCCACCAUUCGGAGGUGACUCUGCUACACCUUUACCAUCCAACUUUCCGGGCUCAGGCCAGUCUCUAAUUCAACUCUACUCUAACAUCAUCCCAGACGAGAAAGGGAAGAAGAAGAGGAACCGCAAAAAGAAAAAAGACGAUGACGCAGAUUCAGUCAAAACACCUUCAACUCCACAUUCAGACCUCACGGCUCCUCUCACACCAUGCGUCUCAGACACCUCCUCAACCCCCACAAGGAACACCCACCUAUUUGGUGACCAGGAUUUGUCAAGGUCACCCUUACUGGGAUCUUCCACUCCAAGUCACUCUGAGCUGGAGAGACAGCUUUCUGGAGGUCAAUCUGGACAACACGGUCACCUUUCAGACUUGGCAAGAGCUCAGGCGCAGGAACACGACAGGAUCCUCAACAACAUAAAGCUGGAGCAGACUGAUGCCAGUGAGUGUCAUGGGCCCCGAGAAGGAGGAAAUGUUGGGUCAGGGAUGAGCUCUGUGAAGGAGGAGGGUAAUAAAGGUAGCAUGUCUCCCUUCGCUGCCGGGCAAAGUCCAAAUAAGGGGGAGGCAGGCAAUGAACUGCUGAAGCACCUUCUGAAGAACAAGGGCACACCUCCACAUGGACUGUCCCAGCAGAGGUCAGAGGAGAGCAUGCGCUCGGAGGAGGAGGAGGCCACAGACUGCAAAUCCCUGCUGAGGCAGAGCUCCAUGGACAGCAACGGGGCAUGCUCUGAUGGCAUCCCAGACUUUCCUGGACCUCUGCUCCCUGAACAGGAGAAGAAGAAAGGGAGGAACAAGAGGGCUCCGAAAGGAGGAGAGAAGCCUCCCUCUCGAUACAAGAAGAGGAAGAAGGAAGGCGAUGAGAGACAGCUGAUGCAUUCUGGCCCUGACACUGUAAUGACCCAAAUCAAACAGCAGCUCUCUCUGCUGCCCCUCAUGGAGCCCCUGAUUGGAGUCAACUUCGCUCAUUUUGCUCCCUAUGGCAGCGGUCAGCUCAAUGGAGAGAACCUGCUGUCUGGUACCUUUGGCAGUGCCUCACUGGACGGAGUCUCUGACUAUUACUCCCAGCUGGCCUACAAGCAGAGUAACCUGAGCAAUCCACCAACUCCACCGGCGUCUCUGCCUCCAACCCCACCACCUGUGAACAGACAGAAAAUGAUCAAUGGAUUCGCUACUACAGAAGAGCUGGCAAGCAAAGCUGCUGCCAUGGUGUCUAAGGGCCUGGUCCCCAAGCCGCUACAUGUCCCUUUCAGAACUGAGGAAGACCUAUUAGCCCGUGCCAUCGCACAAGGACCAAAAACUGUCGAUGUUCCAGCCUCCCUCCCCACCCCUCCACACAACAACCAGGAGGAGCUCAGUAACAGAGGACAGGAGCCCUGCAAGGACCGGGACACACCUGAUAGCUUUGUUCCAUCUUCCUCUCCGGAGAGCGUGGUCAGUAUGGAGAUCAGCCGCUACCCAGACCUGUCCCUGGUGAAGGAAGAGCCCCCAUCCCCCUGCUUGUCUCCUGUCCUGCCCAUGCUUCCUGCUCCCGAUGGGAAAGGAACACAAAUCAAACUGCAGGACAUUAAAACGGAGCCUUCGGCUAUGUUCUUUGGUGCCCCCUUUGGUCAAGUGACCAAUGAUUCCAAACGAGGGCUGGUGUCUGUCGCUAUCACACUGAGACCAGCUGCAGCAGAGAACAUCACAGGUGUAGUCGCAGCCAUUUCAGACCUCCUAUGCGUGAAGAUUCCCAGUAGCUAUGAGGUCAGCAGCACCCCAGACAGGGGGCCCCUAUCCUUACUCAGUGGUCAGAGGAUCGGCCCCCACGGCAUGGAGCCUCGACCGCCCAUGCUCUUCCACGGGCAAGGAGACAAUGGCGGACUUCUCGGUCGGCCAGGACAAAUGAUGAGGCCUGGCGGUCCACAGGGGAUGAUGCAACAGCAGCAGGCGCAUCAUUUCCGUUUCCAUCCUAACAGCCCAGGCUCAGCUCUGACUCAAGGACCAGACCAGAAAACCCCCGCCAGCCCUGGAUGUAAACCUCAGUGGUGCUGUAACUGCAAGGUGGUAGUUCUGGGAAAUGGAGUACAAAAAUACUUCAAAGAUCUCCCCGCACACAUGAAGGAAUCUGAAGGCCGUUUGAAAUCUGAAGAAGACCUGGUCUUCUGCAGUCACAGCUGCUUCCUUCUUUACUGCUCCUCAGCACCUCUGCAGUCCAGAUCCAGCACAGAAACCAAGGAAUCUGUGUCCCUUCUCCCCACAUCGAUGCAGACAGAGAGCCUGUCUAAAACUCAGCACCAGUAUAGUAACAACAUGUCAUCUCUGGAUGUACACUGUCUGGCCCAGCUCCAGCCAAAACAGUCUCCCCCCUCGACUCCUCCAAUCCCCUUCCCCACAGCAGGAGAGACAUCAAAGACUGAGACCAAAUCUGAUGCCAUCAAAGUAACAGUGAAGCUGAAGGCCCGGCCCAGGUCUCAUGAUGGCUGGCACCAGGGAAAGAGACAGAAAGGCCUCCGCUGGAGGAAGUGGACCGUCCAGGUGGUGGUGCCCAGAGGAAACUCCCAGCUCCCUGAUGAGGACAAGAUUGAUGAACUGCUAAAGAAGCUUGGGGCCUCCUUGCGACCUCCCGCCUCUCUCCGUGAUCAGAGGCGUUGCUGUUUUUGCCACCAGUUUGGAGAUGGGAUCACUGAUGGCCCUGCUCGCCUUCUUAAUCUAGAUCUCGAUGUUUGGGUUCACCUAAACUGUGCGCUGUGGUCCAAUGAGGUGUACGAGACGCAGGCUGGAGCUCUCAUCAAUGUGGAGCUUGCACUGCGGCGUGGACAAACAAACCGCUGCGCCUACUGCCAACAGACUGGAGCCACCAGCGGCUGCCACCGCCUUCGCUGCACCAAUGUCUACCAUUUCACCUGUGCUCUGCAAGCUCACUGCACCUUCUUCAAGGACAAGACCAUGCUAUGUCACGCCCACAGGCCAAGGGGAACAGCUGGACAAGCUCUAGAGCAUGAGCUGCGCUGCUUUGCUGUCUUUAGACGUGUCUAUGUCCAAAGAGACGAGGUGCGCCAGAUGGCGACUGCUGUGCGGCAGCCUGAGUUAGGUUACACUUUUCGAGUGGGCAGCCUGGUGUCCCAUGCGAUGGGUCAGCUCACCCCAAUACAGAUGACCGCCUUUCACUCCCCAACAGCCAUCUUUCCAGUUGGGUAUGAGGCCUGCCGGAUUUACUGGAGCAUGCGCCAUGGCAACCGCCGCUGUCGCUACGUCUGCUCUGUUGAGGAAAGGGAUGGACUGCCAGAAUUUUCCAUCAGAGUCAUCGAACAGGGCUACCAAGACCUGGUCCUGACUGAUUCCUCUGCUAAAGGCGUGUGGGAUAAGGUUCUUGGUCCUGUUGCUGAGAAAAGAAGUGAAUCAGGAACUCUGAAGCUCUUCCCUGUGUACCUGAAAGGAGAAGACUUGUUUGGGCUCACAGUCCCUGCAGUCACCAAAAUCACUGAAUCGCUCCCAGGGGUUGAGGCUUGUGAACGAUACUCCUUCCGUUAUGGGCGCAACCCCCUGAUUGAGUUGCCCCUCAUUUUCAAUCCAGCUGGCUGUGCCCGCGCCCAGCAAAGAACCAGCUCUAAAUACACCUCUCUGGUGAUCAGGCCACAACCUCAGGCCAUCUCCAGCACCAGUGCCAGAUCCAACCAGAAUGUGGCCCAAGGAGAAGGUGGCGCCCCCCAUAGCAAGCCUCCAGUAGUGCACCCCAGGUCCUCUCAGUACCGCUGGAUGAAGAGUGAGUGGAGAGCCAAUGUCUACCUGGCCCGCUCACGCAUCCAGGGCCUUGGGCUGUUUGCUGCUAGAGACAUGGAGAAACAGGCUAUGGUGAUUGAGUACAACGGAACCAUCCUCAGAAACGAGGUCGCCAUCAGCAAGGAGAAGAUUUAUAGAUCUCAGAAUCGAGCCAUGUUUAUGUUCCGCAUCGACAGUGAACAUGUUGUUGAUGCUACUAGAAGUGGAGGGCUAGCAAGAUACAUCAACCACUCUUGUGCCCCCAACUGUGUCGCUGAGGUAGUCACAUUUGAGCGAGGCUACAAAAUCAUCAUCAGCUGCAUUCGCAGAAUCGAAAAAGGAGAGGAGCUGUGUUUCGACUACCAGUUUGACAGCGUCGAGGGUCAACACAAGAUCGCUUGCCACUGUGGCGCUCCUGAAUGCAGGAAGUGGAUCAACUGAAAAACAAAAGUGACAAAUCUAAAUGCAUUCCUUGCUAUACUGAGUGUGAAUGUCACGAUCUCUGCUGAGAAAGAGAAGAACCGCUUCACACUAGAGUCAUUUUCUGAAUGAGCAGAAGGCCGAACCAUCGGAGGGAAUGAAUGAAUUUAAGGGUUGGUUUAUUAAGAUCACGGAGAACAAAAAGGGUGGAGGAAGGGAAAUAACACAGUAGCAGGAUGUGACUUGUGCCAUAUUAUGUGAGGGGCUCUGUUGUAUGAGAUGCCCCUGUCUGUCUGUAUGUGUUUGUGCGUUUGGUGUACACGGGGUGAGGAAUCCACCAGCGAAUGAGAAAGCACUGUGCAGGGUGCGGCCUUAUUGCUUACUAAGGGCAGGCCCUUUUGUUUCAUACUGUCAAUGUAUACCGUAUGACUAAAUGUAGACAUCACUGAAUGAGGAAUGUACAGCAAUGAAUACUGCGAAGGGAAUAUUAACUUGCACUAAAAAAAGAGAAAAUAAACAAAAAAACACACAUACAAACACAAAACUUUUAAAAUACUUGAUUCCAUGAGUCAGUUUUAUCAUAGGUCUCUGUCAUGUGAUUUGUGUGAACUUGGAGAGGUUUUGUAUUUAUUACUGAGUGAAUGAAUUUUAUUCUCAAAAUGAUGAGAUUGAGUUGAAGAAGGCUAGAUUGCUAUUGUUUUUGAAGAUUGAGGAAGACAUGCUGUUACUUUUGUAUAAAUGUACAUAAAGAAAACUAUAGGAAUAACCGACCAAAUACUACCUUAACCUUCUUGAUGUUUGGGUGUUUUUAAAUUGUUUUUGUUCUGUUUGUCAUUGAAAUUUAUUUAAGAUGGACGUUAUUUCAGUUUGAGAGUAUAUAUUAUGAUUAUUCUGUACAGAAUUUGUAAUAUAACCACAAUAAUUCACAAAGUAUUUUUGUUGUAUUAAAAGUAAGGUAUUGUAGCGUAGUGUUUUGUGACUUACACAUACUUUGACCACUCAAAAAAGAAAUAUUUUUGUUGACUAAUGUAACGAGUUAUCGGUUACAGAAUUUAAAAGAGAGACUCUUCAAAUAGAAAGAUCAGUGUGAUCUGUUUGCUGUAAUCAGGUUUGAUUUUAAAGAACUGUGAAUUAGGUUUUCAAACCCAAAAACAACUUUUUAACUUUUUAACACAGAUAGCAUCACCAACAUGUAUUUACCUGUAUUUGUUUUUACAUUGCUUUUAAAAUAAGGUGCAAACGUCUAAUGAUGUUGUGAAGUUAGACGAAUCAGUGUGUGACAGAGAAUCGUGUCUGUAGGUUGUUUUACUUUUUUGGACAGAAGUGGCAUUCUCCUUAAUCAGAAAUAUUUCUUAUACUGACACUUCACACGUCACAUGCUUAGAAGCAGAAGAGCUUUUGCGUGCACAAUUUCAAGUUGACUGUAAAAUUUUGAAGACAGUCUUAGAACUUGUAAUGUAUAUGGCAUGUAUUUUUUUAACUUUCCGAAGACUCAAUUGUAUAUAUUUUUCUCAAUGAAUGGUUGUAACAAAAUUCUUUCUUGGAUAUUUUUCUUCUCUUGUAUGAUAUUACAUCAUCCUGCCAGUGUGUUUGUGCAACAUUUUCUUGGUCGUGUAGUCAGAUUUUUUUUUCUUCCUCUUUUUCUUUUUUUUUUCUUUUUUGUUUAUAAUUUUUGUUUUGUUUUUGUUUAUUGUUUUGUUUUCUUUGAAAAUGCCUUUUGAAGUGUACAGAGUAUGAGGUUUGGAGUUUGUGGAACUGAAUUUAGAAACAUUUACAAAAA